GUUAUAGCACAGUACAGAGGACAUAUAGCAAGAUGGCUUCUGGGAAAUCACUUCUGUUAAUAUGUCUGUUCGUCUGUCUUCUUGGAAUCUCGGACCAGACGCAAUCUAAGUACGCGGACAAACUUCUCUUGGUUUCCAUGGACGGUUUCCGGUGGGAUUAUCUUUACAAAACUUACACGCCGAAUUUUGACAAGUUUGCGGGAAAUGGCAUCAAAGUGGAAUAUAUGAACAAUUCGUUUGUGACGAAGACGUUUCCAAACCAUUACACUAUAGUAACAGGAGUAUAUGAAGAGACACAUGGGAUCGUGGAGAAUUCUAUGUACGAUCCUGACUUCGACGAAAAAUUCAACAUGGGAACAAAAGAUACAAAAUGGUGGAAUGCAUCCGAGCCAAUUUGGUGUCAUGUGAAGCGGUUCAACCUAAAAUCCGGAACUUACUAUUGGCCCGGAAGUGAAACGGAGGUUAAUGGUUUACGGCCAGACAAAUGGUUGAACUACUCCGACCACACCCCAUUCCGGAAGCGCGUCGAUGACGUCAUGGACUGGUUCACCAAUGACAAGCUCAACUUUGUCACUCUCUAUUUCCCUGAGCCUGAUCACACUGGGCAUGUGUACGGCCCAGAUUCUCCGGAAAUAAUUGAGAAAGUAAAAGAAAUGGAUGGGAUAUUAGGAUAUUUGAUGUCAAAGUUAGAGGAAAAAAAGUUAAAAGACAAAGUGAACGUCAUUGUAACCAGUGACCAUGGCAUGUUUUCAAUUGAUGUGAAAAACAAGGUAGUUGAUAUUUACGAUCACGUAAACAGAUCACAGGUCCAGAGGAUUCCCUCGCAAGGUCCAGUGGCUCAAAUCCAGCCCGUGCACGGUCAGACGGACGCGGUGGUUGACCAACUGAGGAACGUGUCUCAUAUUACAGUGUACCACAAGCGAGACAUCCCAGACCGACUCCACUACAAACACAACAGGAGAAUUAUGCCAGUGUUGGUCAUGGCCGACGAAGGAUGGCUGAUAACCGAUAACAAAAUGGAUCUCUCUGCUCGCAAAAACUACAGGGCGACGCACGGCUGGGACAACAGCCUCAUGUCCAUGAAACCAAUCUUCUUAGCCAGUGGUCCUAACUUCAAGAAGAACACCCUAUUUGGACCAAUCAGAAACGUCGACAUAUAUCCUCUGAUGUGCGAACUUAUGGGAAUUCCCCCAGGACCAACCAAUGGUAGUCUCGAUCGCGUCAUGCACUUUUUGAUUCCGUUCCAAGUAAAUGCAGCCCCGCCAGUCCAUAUAGCAUGGUUUAUGUUGUUUCUGGGAUUGAUCGUCAUGUUGUAAAACGAACAUAGCAAUAUCAUAACGGUUCGAACAUUUGGAAAUGUGUUUUGUUCAAUACUGACCAUGGAUUUCACUUAAGGAUUGUCUCUUAUUUCUUUUACGUUCAUCGGGGUAUGAACAAAAAAAUCAUCUGCUAACUGUGUGAAUCGGCGAAGCCGUUCUCACAUAAGUUUGAGGAUUAUGGGGUUUUUUUUGUUCAUACCCAGAU